AUGUCACUUCCCACGAGGAGAGACAGACCAACCUCUGUUUCAGUAUUGGCAAAGCCAACUCUCUGAUCACUAAAACAGAGGACUCUGCAAUAAGCUGAUCAGAAAAGUGAAAGAUGAAGUUUAUGAAGCUUGGCAGCCGCCCUGAUACCUUCUUCGCCACCGAAGCCAUAAGGCUACCAUCUCUCUCUCUCUCUCUCCCUCUCUGUAUAUGUGCGUGUGAAAACUUCUCUAACUCCUCUUUGCUCCUACUCCAAUGGUUCAGGUCUAUAUCAACCGAAGUAUCCACCGAUAUCAAAAUCCAAGUCCAAGACCGAUUGUACCAUCUUCACAAGUUUCCCCUGCUCUCCAAAUGUGGCCUCUUACAGACACUCUGCUCCAAAGACUCUCCCCACCUUCCGACCGCCAUCCAUCUCUCCGAUAUCCCUGGCGGCGCCGAAACCUUCGAGCUCUGCGCCAAAUUCUGCUACGGCAUAACCAUCACCAUCAGCCCCCUCAACUUCAUUCCCCUGUACUGCGCCGCCGAGUAUCUUCUUAUGACAAACUCCGUCGAAAGCGGCAACCUGGCCGGAAAGCUUGAUUCUUUCUUCAAAUCCUGCAUCCUUCAGCGCUGGAAGGACACACUCCUCACCCUGCAGAGCACGAGGCGAUUUCCUUCACUCUGCGAGGAGCUCAAGAUCACCGACCGUUGCAUCGAAGCUCUCGCCGCCGCGGCGGUUAUUGCCCACCCGUCUAUGCGGUGGUGGGCAGACGACCUGGCUGAAUUAAGUAUUGACCAUUACUGGAGAAUCAUGCUCGCCGUCAAGACGGCCGGAAUAGUAUCUGGCAAGUUCAUUGGAGAAGCAAUAAAGGUUUAUGCCGGCCGAUGGCUUCCAAGCAUGGGAGAUUCUAUCAUGGAGGUUAAUAACUUGAAGCACCGGCUGCUUCUGGAGAAAUUAGUCACUCUGCUUCCAAUCGAGAAAGGCUCUGUUUCCUGCAGUUUCUUGCUGAAGUUUCUCAAGUCUGCAAACAUAUUAAACGCCUCCUCGACUUCAAAAUUGGAUCUUGCGAGGAGAGCUGGACUGCAAUUAGAGGAAGCCACUGUUAAUGAUCUUAUGAUUCCUUCUGUUACUGAUGGGGACGAGCUUAUGUAUGACGUUGACGUAGUGAUCACCAUUGUUGAGGAGUUCAUGCUGCAGGGACGGAGCCCGCCGACGAGCCCGCUGAGAAAUAAAACCGGCGGCGCGGAGAGGCGGCGGUCGAGGUCGGCGGAGAACGUUGAGGUUGAAGGGCAGGAAAACAGGCGGCGGUCGUCGUCUGCUUCGCAUAACUCUCUGCUGAGAGUAGCCAAGUUAAUAGAUUUAUACCUCGUGGAGAUUGCGCGCAGUGAAAUGCUUUCGGUGGAGAAGAUGAUCGCUCUCGCUCAGAUAGUGCCGGAUUUCGCGAGAAUGGAUCAUGACAAUCUCUAUAGAGUUGUUGAUACGUAUCUCAGGGCGCACCCACAACUGGAGAAAAACGAAAGGAAGAAGCUUUGCAAGAUUCUGGAUUGCAAGAAGCUAUCAAUGGAGGCCUGCAUGCACGCAGCUCAAAACGAGAUGCUGCCGCUGCGAGUAGUGGUGCAGGUCCUCUUCUUCGAGCAGGCUCGCGCGGCCAUGGCUGGAGGCCAGGUUACAGAGCUCUCAUCCAACAUCAAAGCUCUGCUCACCAAAGCGGCCGGCUUGGACGAGAAGGUGGCGACGAUGAACUGCUCAAGCCUGGAGGCAAACGACAGCGAAUGGAGCUCUGCUUCGGGGCUAAAAUGUCAGAUGCCGAAGAUGGCGACGUUGAAAAUGAAGCUUGAAGAAGAAGACAAUGAUAGGGAGGAACAGGUCAUGGUGAGAGAGGGGCUGAUGAGGAGCACAUCAUCCAGGUUUAGAGCUCUUUGUUCUAUUCCCACUAGGCCAAGGAGGAUUCUAAGUAAAUUUUUGACCAUGAAUAGAAGUGUUAGUGAAAGACACUGAUGUUCUUUUGAUUUAGCAUUCAGUUGAGGAAUGGUUGGCUAAAAUUUUUGUCUUUGUUUCGAAAAAAAUAUUGUUUGCAUGUCCUAACAACGGCCUGGCUGCGGCUAUGCCGUUGUGUUGUGCAUUCACUGUGUUGUUCGGACGUAGGCGCAUGAUCAUUUUCAUAUUUGCUUGAGCUUGAAAGUAGAAGUUUGUUGAUGAGUUAUGUCAUU